AAAAGGAGCCUGAAGAGACGGAGCCUACUUCUGGAGAUGGUGUGGCAGAGCAACAGGGUCAAGGCACUGUUUUACCGGAUCUGAAGGGUGGACCUACCGGCAGCCCGGCGGAAGUAACGGCAUCAUCCAACUCUACAAGUGGCAGUGGUGAUGGCCAGAGUAAGGCGGAUGGGAAUGACGACAACAGCAAAGGGCCCAACCCCAGAGGGCCACACAACGACCCCGAAGCCAGUCAUACCAACGUUGCGCCCACAGCCAGUGAGACAAACCCACGGACAGCGAAAGCAGCAGCUACCGCCAGAACAGAUGGUACGGCAACGCCUGGCGACAGUGACGGCAGCACCGCGGUCUCCCACACCACCUCCCCUCUUUUGCUUCUUGUUGUUGCGUGUGCGGCUGCUGCUGCGGUGGUGGCUGCGUGA